AUGAUUAUUAACUAUUUUAAUAAAUUAAAUAAAAUUACAUUUAAAACCAAAAGAAAGAAUAAUAUGAAUACAUAUUUAAACUUGAAAAAAUAUAUAAGAAAUUCAAUAAUAAUUUCCAUAAAACAUAAUUAUAUAAGAUUACUUCUAAUAUUUAAUAAACUUUUUCUUUUUGUAUUAUACAUAUACAUUUUUAGAUAUACACAUAAUGAGCAUACGUUCUAUAAUAAUGUAUAUGAAAAGAAUAUGUUAGAUAAAAUAUGGAAAAAUAAAGUAUUCAGAUUAUUAGGAGAAAAUUCACAUUAUUUCAAGGAAUAUAACAACCAUUAUAAUACCGAACCCUUAUUAUAUACCGAAGAAUCAUUCCGGUAUAUUCAAGAACCUACAGAACAUAAUCAUGUACACAGUCACUAUACCCAACAACAUUCUAAGGAGUUUGAAGAAACAACAAAUUAUGAACAAUUGUUACCUUACUAUAUUCAAGAGCAACCUGAAAUUUCCCAUUCUUUUUCUUAUCAUAUUGAACAACCACUAGAUGUCAUUUCACAAUUUCAGAAUAAUGUAUACGAAUUGUCUAAUAUACCAAAUGAAUUUAAUUUUAAUUAUCAUAAUGUCAAACCUAGAGAAGACCAAUUUUAUAAUAAUAUUAAUACUUUCCUACAUCAUUAUCCGAAAGAACAUAAUAAUAUACAAACUUUACAAAACUCAACUAAAAAUGAAGAAUUUUAUGAUAAAGCAAAUAAGAAUAUACAGGAAAAUUUUUACAAUGAUUUUGUAAAAUUUAAAGAUUAUAUUAUUAAUGAUAAAGAUCAAAAUAUUGAAGAUAUUAACAUAACAGGAGAAGAUAAAGAAAAAUUAAAAUUAUUAUUUGAAACAUUAAAUGAAAUGAAAUUUUAUGAAAGUAAAAUAUCAGCCUUAAAUUUUAAAUAUUACUAUUAUAAAAAAAAGUCAAAGAAAAAAAAAAAAAAAAAGAGUUUAGUGAAAAUGGCAUUAACACCAAUAUUUGUACUUUUAUCCAUGUUUACUUUAAAUAAAGUGGCCCCUGAAGUAUUCAGUACUGCAUUUAUUUGGUUAUACAGGUUUUAA